UUCCUCGAUAGAGCUAUCGAGCAGGUCAUCGGUUCAAUUGCAACUCUAUCUGUCGGCGCCCUUAGAAAUUACCACGUGAAGUGAAAUUUAACCGAAUUUCAUCACAAAGUCGAACACAUUCAUUGAAAGUAUAAAACAUAAACAGAUACUCGGUCGAUUUUGGCUUAGUCAAGCCGCAUACUCACCACUUAGCAAACACAGGAAAAACCGAAUUUAAUUGACAAGCAGAAAAAUGGCUCUUCGCGUGCAAUUCGAGAACAACGACGACAUCGGCGUCUUCACCAAGCUCACAAAUACAUAUUGUCUGGUCGCCAUUGGCGGCUCCGAGACCUUCUACAGUGCUUUCGAGGCCGAAUUGGCCGAGACCAUACCUGUGGUGCAUGCGAACGUGGGAGGCUGUCGCAUUAUCGGGCGCCUUACUGUCGGCAACCGCAACGGGCUGCUGGUGCCGAAUUCAACCACAGACGAGGAGCUGCAGCACCUGCGCAAUAGUCUCCCAGACGCCGUAAAGAUCCAACGGGUGGAGGAGCGAUUGUCAGCCCUGGGCAACGUGGUGGCCUGCAACGAUUAUGUUGCCCUUGUUCAUCCCGAUUUGGAUAAGGAGACUGAGGAGAUUAUCGGUGACGUCCUCAACGUGGAGGUCUUCCGCCAGACAAUUGCCGACAACACCUUAGUCGGCUCCUACACAGUGCUGAGCAACCAGGGAGGCAUGGUGCAUCCCAAGACGAGCAUAGAGGAUCAGGACGAAUUGUCCUCUCUUCUGCAGGUCCCCCUCGUAGCCGGUACGGUGAAUCGAGGUAGCGAGGUCCUCGCAGCCGGCAUGGUGGUCAACGAUUGGCUCUCUUUUGUGGGAAUGAACACAACAGCCACAGAGAUUUCGGUGAUUGAGAGCGUCUUCAAGCUAAAUCAGGCACAGCCGGCGGCGGUAACGACUAAAUUACGAGCGGCCCUAAUUGAGGAUAUGUCCUAGGCGGGCAUCCCGUCCUAUUCACGCCCUUAUAUAUUUACUUGGUCUAAGCGAUGUCUUUGUUAUCUUCUAUACAAUGUCAUUUAAAAGCGCAAUGCGAAAUACAAACAAAAAAACCAA